ACGCAGAUCGAGAACAGUAAACUCUCGCGAUAUUUUCUCUUCUGGAUGCGGAAGUUUGUAGAGGGAGAGGAGGGUGCGCCCUAGCAGGGAGGGGAUAUCUCUGGGACUCGGUGAGACUGGCUGGUGCAUGGACCUGGUAGGGGGUUUCAGUAACUUUGUGAGGCGGGGUGUGACUGUGAAGAAAUGACGGAAUAUAAACUGGUGGUGGUGGGAGCAGGAGGUGUUGGAAAAAGUGCCUUAACAAUCCAGCUUAUACAGAACCAUUUUGUAGACGAAUAUGAUCCUACUAUUGAGGACUCCUAUAGAAAGCAGGUAGUGAUUGAUGGAGAGACUUGCCUGUUGGAUAUCUUAGACACAGCUGGUCAAGAGGAAUACAGUGCCAUGCGUGACCAAUAUAUGAGAACCGGCGAAGGAUUUCUGUGUGUAUUUGCUAUUAAUAACAGCAAAUCCUUUGCUGAUAUUAAUGCCUACAGGGAACAGAUAAAACGAGUGAAAGACUCAGAUGAUGUCCCCAUGGUUCUUGUUGGGAAUAAAUGUGAUUUGCCAAGCAGAACUGUGGAUACCAAGCAAGCCCAAGAGCUUGCCAGAAGCUAUGGAAUCCCUUUCAUCGAGACCUCGGCAAAGACAAGACAGGGAGUAGAAGAUGCAUUUUACACCUUGGUUAGAGAAAUUCAUCAGUAUAGAAUGAAGAAAUUGGACAGCAGUGAAGAUAACAAUCAAGGAUGUAUUCGAAUCCCCUGCAAGCUUAUGUAACCAGACUCUUGUUUUCCCAUGGAAGAGUCCCACUCUUUCCAAAAGCCAUUCGCACAAGAUACAACUGCUAUCAAAUCAACACCUUUCAAUACCACUUACCUCCUUAACCCAUGGUCGGAUCACUGAACAUGUACUUAAACCUGUGGAAGUACUCGCCAAACUAAAGGGCAAACUAGGCGCUGGUUAUGUUUUUUGGACAAGACACGGCCAAGUGGAAUUGUUUGUGGUAACACAUCUAAUAUCAAGCAGUGAGAAGGAGCAUUACCUGACUGCCCAGUGUCUUACUGUUUUGGGAAUGUGCUCUCAUCUCAUGGUUUUAAUGAAUUUUUAAGCAUCUCUUAUGCCAUUUCUUAUUUACUUAGGUCAGGAUGCAAAAAAUUCAAACUGUUUUCAACAACCUCUCUCAGGCCAAUUUGAAGGGCUAUCUUUGUCUUAACAGACAACCCUAAAAAUGAAAACCAAAUGUGCUGUUGCCUUUUUUCCCCCCCAGUGGAACAAUAAUUAAUCAAGGAAACCAAGAUUCCAGUAAUUAUAAAUAUGACAGUGUUUUAUGCAAAUAUAUAUUCAAUUGAAUAGCAAUCAAGUAUGUGCUUCUUCAGUACAGAGAAGGGGAGCAGUGGUUUCAGUUCUUUCUUUGUAACUCUGGAAGUUUGGGUUACCCUUCUGAAUGCAACAAAUGAAUGUAGUAAUUAAAAUAGAAAUUAAGGACAGAUAUCAAGGACCAAAGAUUUUUUUAAAAAUGACCUUUUUGCCUUAAAAGUGUAUCAUCUUGGCUGUAAUAUGUAAGUAAACAAGCCAAUUUAAUGUGAAAAAUACACACCGAAAAUAUUCUGUAUUGCAUAUUUACAACUAGAAAUAAUCCAGACUUCAACUAACAUUUUUCAGGAGUCACCCACCCUAUCACCCCCACUGUCAGCAGUUUGUGCCUGAAUUUGACUCCCCCACCACCACCUCCCCCCCACCUUGUGAAAUGCUUAAAAACAUGCUCCGAAUCCUUAGUAGCAGGUAGCACAGUGGGUGGCAUGGCCCAGGGCAAAGGGGUGGUGUUUCUGAAUAUGUGAUUGCACCUUAAAAUAAUUUCUGCUUUUAAAAACCAUUUCAUGUCCCACUCAAUUGUUGAAAAUUGCAUUUAGGUCCAGGGACGAAGGUCACCAACUUCCAUUUUUUAGUAUUAAAUGGGAAGUAUUUCUAUGUAUUCAGUACAUGUUUUUUUAAACUUACUUUUUUUUAAGCUUUAAUUACUCAUUUUUAUUCUAGUAAAUUUUUACAUUUUUCUUUUCAAUACUUCUGUACGAAUAGUCCAGGAUUGUGUUUGUUAAAAAUAUCAGCUUGCUCUUAAAGGGUAAGUGUAACCUCUUUUUAAAAAUUAUACCUUUUGCCUAUUGAUUUAAUUAAAGGAGACAUAUAGUAUACAGGAAAAAAAAAUUGAAUCUUGUAGGCAAUUAUGAAUAAUAUAUGGUGCUGGUUUUACUUUGGUGUAAAAAUUGGCCCUUUAUUGGAGCUCCCUAUUGGUUCCCUUAGGUCCCUGUCCAUAUUUCGAAUGUGGGGUGUCCUAUUAUUAUUAUUAUUAACAUUUAUUUAUAAAGCGCCAACAUAUUCCGCAGCGCUGUACAAUAGGUGGGUUUCAUACAUUGGACAUACAGAGUAACAUAUAAGGCAAUCAAUAACCGAUACAAGAGGUGAAAAGGGCCCUGCCCAAAAGAGCUUACAAUCUACAACGGUCCCUGCCAGAAGCACAGUAGGAGGGGAGUAGCCAAUCACAGCCCUGCAGUCACACAAGCAAAGACGAGCUUCAGUUCCCUAUCAGGUCAGCCUAGCUGCUGAUUGGUUCCUGUUCUACAGUGCAGUGUGCUGAGUGCUGCCGGCCCCUCUGCACAGCCUGGGAAAGGAGGCAGUAGAAAGUGGAACAGAUCGGUGGGAUUAGUGGGGUUUUUGAAGAAAGAAAUUUUCAGUAAAUCAGCCAGAAACACUACUUUUUAAAAGCACAUUCCUUCUAUGUUUAGAUGAGUACAAUUCAUUGGCACAAUAUUGUUUUUCACACAGUACCGUCCCCUUUAAGGAACAUCUAUGGUUUUGUUUUGUUUUUUUUUUUUAAAUGUACUAGUUCCAUUUUCUUGCUCUGCCAAGUCACUGUUUUAGCAAUAUACGUUAGUAAAACAAAUAACCAGCCCAUAGAUAAAAUCAUAUGUGUAUAAUAAGCUACUCUUUAUCUCAGAGCCUAACAAAGGCUGCUGCCUUGGGAAGAGAGGGGUUUGUUUAUGCAGAGAUUCUUAUCACUGAUUACCAUGUUUAAGGUUCGGUGAAGAACAAAACAAUUUGUCAUCAGCGCUUUAUAAAUGCAAACAAUUCAAAAUGUUUCACUUGAAAAUGCAUUCAGCCUAGUGUUUUAACAGUGCUCAUGGUCAGCAAAGAUGUUUAUAGGUGUAUACUGCCUCUUAAAGCUAAAUGUUGCCAUUUGUGAAAACUCUCUCACAAAGCAGAAAGUAAGAAAAACAAUUGAGAGACUAUUUUUUAAUGUGUGAAAUUUCACGCUAUGAUCACAUUUAGCAAACAAUCAGAUCUUGGCUUUCAUUUUCUACAGUACAUUAAAGGACAUGUAAACCCUCAUUUUCCUACCAUGUAUAUAAGUUAUGCACAUCUCCUCCACCAAAAUGGUAUCAUUUGUACUGCAUAUAUCCCCUCCAUUCACUAGCACAAUCACGUUUUCCUAAAACUAAUAUCAGCUUUCAUACCGUGGCCAUUUUCCCUGUGACACAUCAUCAGACCUAGAGCAGAGUUUCUAUGGGAACCAGCAAUGCCAUCUCUUCAUUGGUGGCUAGACUGGAGGGGGCAUGUUUAGUAAUCUGAGCUGAGAAAAUUCACUACCUUAGCUUGCAAGUGAGCACGCCCAGUAACCAAUUGUAAAUUCCCAAGGGAGGGGGCUGAGUAGGUUAGAGGAGGAGAAAGAAUCCUAGACAAUUAAGGGGAUGUGGUAGCCUUACUAUUAACCUUUUAACAACCAGAUUGGAAGGUGUUAAAAGAUUGUUUUUGUGAGGGGGGGUGGUACCUGUCCUUUAAGUAGACUGAAAUUAAGCUAACUGCUGAUUGGUAGUUAUUGGUAGGUCCCUCGUGCAGUUUGGCACCUGUGCUGGCAAAUAAGCUUAAAUGUCUCCAAACUGAUAAAUGAUCAGGUUACAUCCUCUCAUGUUGGAAAUGAUGCUAGGGUUUAUUUAAAAGCAUUUAUUAAAUAUUCAUUUUCAUGUCUUAAAUGAGACCAUUUAUUGCAUUUACUCUUCUUUUGUAUUGCACUUAAGGCAUUGCACCAUCACCUUUCAUUUUAUGCUAUUUGUGAUGAUGGUGUUUGAGGACAUUAGGAAGAUAAAUUGAAAUGUAUCUCCUUCUGGAGAGCAGUCUGUUACAGUGACAGCACAAUGGAUCAACUCUUGGUUUUAUGGACUACAGAAGGGAGCACCCACAAAAAGUGAUAUGGGGACUAUGUUUAGUGACAUUAUUGCAUCAAACUCAGCCACCUCAAGCAUUACACUGCCAUGGAAAAAUGUAACCUCAUUGUGUUAAACUGAAGGGAAAAGGGUGUUGGGUUUAAGUAAAGAACACCCAGUUCUCAAAGCAUUGCUUUAUCUGAAUAAUUGGAAUCCUUUACAAGGGGGAUUAUGGAAUUGUUAUUGGGCAGUCCUGCAUGGCUGUGAUCUACAGGUCUGAAACUCCAGAUCUGCCGUUUAGGCACCCCAAGACUAAAGAAUUCUAUGAAAUAAAAUGUCUGUGAAUGAGAACA